CUGAUCACAACUCCAUUACCAGUGUUUUCAUUCUUUUGGCAUCUACCUGAUCCAAAUAGAGUGGAAAGAAUCUCUCUUUUUCAGUUUUCAUUGAAACCCAAUUGCUUGCUUUGAAUGUGAAUCAGUGAAUGGUGUUGUAUGUAUCCCCAGUAGUACUGAAUCAGUCAUAUAGUUCAGUUGCUGAUUACAAAUCCUGCAUCUGCUAUCAUUCCAAUUCUUUUGGUGCAAGAAGCAAGGAGCAAAAGACAGAACUGCAAAGCCUUGGCAGUGGAAGCUCAUUGAACCGAUACUCUGGCCUGGAUCCAUUUGCUGAGGCUUUGUUACUUGUAUAGGGACCCAUCAUUUGCCAAGUCAAAACCAGUUUUGUUGUUGUGCUGUGCCGGAAUCAUGGCAACCCUGUUACAAUCCGAGUCCAGACGCUUGUAUUCUUGGUGGUGGGAUAGUCACAUUAGCCCAAAGAACUCAAAAUGGCUUCAGGAAAAUCUUACAGAUAUGGAUGCUAAAGUCAAAGCAAUGAUAAAGCUCAUUGAAGAAGAUGCAGACUCUUUUGCAAGGAGAGCAGAAAUGUACUACAAGAAACGCCCCGAGCUCAUGAAACUGGUUGAGGAGUUCUAUAGAGCUUAUCGUGCAUUGGCUGAGAGGUAUGAUCAUGCUACUGGGGAGCUGCGCCAGGCUCAUCGAACCAUGGCAGAAGCAUUUCCCAACCAAGUACCUUAUGAACUGGCCGAUGAAUCAUCCUCCUGCUCUUAUGGCCCAGAGGCUGGACCUCAUACACCAGAAAUGCUGCAUCCAGUUCGUGCCUUAUUCGACUCAGAUGACUUGCAUAAGGAUGCAUUGGGACUCUCUUCAACUGAUUUACAUGCUUUGAAAAGGAAUGGAGGCUCCGACUCUGGAAUAAGCAAAAGAGGUCUGAAGCAGCUCAAGGAAAUGUUCGAUCCAGGAGAAGAAUUUAUUCCACCGAAGGUUGCGGAGGGAAGAUUUACAGGAGGCUUGAGUUUUCAUGAAGCAGAUGAGAGCAAACCAAAGUUACAGAACGGGUAUUCUCAAUUAACAAGUGAGAACCAGAGUCUAAAGAACCAGCUCCUCUCUCAAUCUGAGCGUGCUGCAAAAGCUGAAACUGAAAUUCAAAUCUUACACAAAACUCUAUCUGAGAUACAAGUUGAAAAGGACACAGUCCAUCUUCAGUACCAGCAGAGUUUGGAGAAGUUAUCUGAGCUGGGUAAAGAACUGAACAGUGCUCAAGAGGCUGCUGGAGGGCUCAAUGAACGAGCCAGCAAAGCUGAUAUUGAAAUUACAAUACUGAAGGAAGCCCUUGGGGAAUUAGAAGCUGAGAGAGAUGCCGGUCUUCAUCAGUACAAUCGGUGCUUGGAAAGGAUAUCUAGCAUGGAGACCAUGUUAUCUUUUUCCCGGGAGGAUGCAAAAGGGCUUAAUGAGCGAGCUGUUAAAGCAGAAACUGAAGCUCAAAAUCUCAAGCAAGAACUUUUCAAAUUAGAGGCAGAAAAGGAUGCCUGUUUUCUCAAGUACAAGCAAUGUCUUGAGAAGAUAUCUGCUUUGGAGGCUACAAUCUCACUUGAUGAAGAAAAUGCCAGAAUCCUUAAUGACCAAAUUGAAAGAGCUGAAAAUGAAGUUAGAUCACUAAAGGAAUUGGUUGCUGUACUGAAGGAAGAGAAAGAGUCUGCAGCUCUACAAUUCAAGCACUACAUGGAUACAAUAGCUGAGAUGGAAAGAAAACUUUCACAAGCUCAAGAGGAUGCGGAAAGAUUGAACAGUGUAAUUUUGACAGGGGCAGCAAAGUUAAAGGGUGCCGAAGAACAAUGUGUUCUCUUGGAGAGAUCAAAUCAGUCCCUGCGGUUAGAGGCAGAUGGUUUGGUGAAGAAGAUUGCAACUAAAGAUGAAGAACUUUCAGACAAAAAUGAUGAGAUGGAGAAACUUCAGAAUCUAAUGCAAGAGGAGCACUUGCGGUUUGUGCAAGCUGAAGCCACUCUCCAAUUUCUGCAGAAGUUGCACUCUCAAUCCCAAGAAGAGCAGAAAGCUUUAGCUUUGGAGUUCAAAAAUGGGCUUCAGAUGUUGAAGGACUUGGAGAUGAGCAAACAUGGUGUGGAGGAUGAUAUGCAAAGGGUUAAGGAAGAAAAUAAGAGCUUGAAUGAACUGAACUUCUCUUGCACUAUCUCCAUUAGGAACCUGCAAGAUGAAAUAUUUAGCAUGAAGGAGAUGAAAGAGAAACUUGAAGAGGAGGUUAAGCUUAAAACAGACCAAAGCAAUGCUCUCCAGAGUCAAAUUUCCCAUUUGGAGGAUGAAAUUAAGGGGUUGAGUGGAAGAUAUCAGGCUAUAGUGGAGCAAGUGGAAUCAGUAGGUUUAACUUCUGAACGCCUUGGAUCGUCGGUGAAAGACUUGCAAAAUGAAAAGUCAAGGCUAGAGGAUAUCUGCACAAGGGAUAGAGAGGACAGAGAACAUCUUUAUGAGAAGUUGAAGGAUAUGGGCAAACUUUCAAAGGAGAAUGCUGUUCUGGAGGGUUCACUUGCAGGUUUGAAUGGGGAGUUGGAGGGUUUGAGAGGGAAGGUCAAGGAAUUGCAGGAGUCUUGCCUCUUCCUCCAAGGAGAAAAAGCCACUCUUGUUGCUGAGAAAUUCGCCCUGCUUUCCCAGUUGCAAAUUAUCACUCAGAAUAUGCACAAGCUUUUCGAGAAGAACUCCUUGCUGGAAAGUUCCCUCUCUGGAGCAAACAUUGAGCUUGAAAGGUUGAGGGCAAGAGCAAAGAGCUUAGAGGAGCUGUGCCAGGUACUUAAUAAUGAGAAGUCCAAUCUUCUUAAUGAGAGAGGCACCUUGGUGUUUCGGUUAAAUGAUGUUGAGGAGAGACUGAGAGGCCUGGAGAAGAGGUUUAAAAAAUUAGAGAAGAAGUAUUCUAAAAUGGAGAAGGAGAAAGAGUCCACCCUUGAUGCAGUAGAAGAAUUACGGGAUUCCUUGCAUGCAGAAAAACGAGAGCGUGCUAGUUAUAUUCGGUCAAGUGAAUCGCGAAUGGCAGGUUUGGAAAGCAAUGUCCAUCUCCUGCAGGAGGAGAGAAGGUUGGGAAAGAAAGAAUUUGAAAAAGAACUAGAUAAAGCUGUGAAUGCCCAGAUUGAGAUCUUUAUCCUUCAGAAGUUUAUUCAAGAUCUGGAAGAGAAGAAUUCGACAAUAUACAUUGAAUGUCAGAGACAUAUUGAGGCCUCCAAGUUUUCUGAUAAGCUGAUCAAAGAGUUGGAGAGUGAAAAUCUUGAGCUACAGGUGGAAGAAGAAUUCUUAGUAGAAGAAAUUGAAAAGUUGAGGCUGGGAAUUUAUCAAGUGUUCAGGGCUCUGCAGAUUGAAACAGGUUCACAUGAAGAUAAGGUUGAGAGAGAAAAAGUACUUGUACUGCACAUUUUGAAUGCUAUCAAGGACUUGAAAAGUUCUCUGGUGUGGAGCAAAGAUGAGGAGCAGCAGUUGCUGGUUGAGAAUUCAGUGCUCCUAACUUUACUUGGGGAGCUAAGCUCAGAAGGUGCAGAGAUAGAGUCGGCAAAACAAACUUUGGGGCAGGAGUAUGAGGUAAUGGCAGACCGUUGUGCUAUGCUACAAAAUAACAAGCAUGAGCUUCUAGAGAUGCAAAGGCAGUUGAGGUUGGAAGUGACUGAGAAAGAGCAAAAGGAGGAAACAUUAGAGGCUGAAUUGAAAAGUCUUCAAGGUAAGCUGAAGAGUCUGCAAGAUGCAUACCAAAUUUUGCAGGAAGAACAGUCCAAGGUGCUUGAAGAGAGGAGAUCCUUGCUUGAGAAGCUUUUGGACCUGAAAAAGAAAAAUAAAAUCCUUGAAGAGGAUAAUGAUGUUAAUUUUCAUGAAGCACUAGCUUUCAGCAACCUCUCUAUGGUUUUAGAGAGCUUCACAAUUGAGAAAGUUGUGAAACUAAAAGCACUUGCUGACGAUCUUGAUGAUCUUGCUGCUACUAACAAUGACCUCAAAGAUGCAGUUGGAACGUUGGGGGAGAAGUUAGUGGUGAAAGAAGUAGAGAAUCAACAUCUGAAUGAGAUGGUUCAAUUUUUGGACAAGGAACUUUAUGAAGCCAAUGACUUAAAUGGUAUAUUAAGCCAUCAAAUUUCAAGUGUAAAGGAUUCUCUCAAACAGAAAACCAUGAAGCUCUCAGAGGUAGAAGAGAAGCUUCAAAAGACAGAGAGCUUGAAUGUGGAAUUAUGCAGAACUGUUGAGGAGCUGAAGAUGGAAUAUGAAGAGUCCAAAAUAAUGAGUCAUAAUUGUGAGAAGCAGAUUCUCCAACUAUCUGAAGUCUGCAGAAAUCAGAAGAAGGAAAUGAAUAGCCUUUGCGAAGCAAAUGAAAUUCUGGAGGAUGAAAUCUUAUGUAAAGCUAUUGAAAAAGAAAUAGAAACUCUGCACCUGAAUGAGACAGUCCAUUUGUUGGACAGAGAAUUGUGUGAAGCGAAGCACUCGAAUGAACAACUGAGCAAUCAAGUUUUAGUUGGAAAAGAUUGUCUGAAACAGAAAACUACGGAGCUUUCAGAAGCAGAAGAGAAGCUUAGACAGAUAGAAGACUUGAAUGUUGACCUAUGCAGAAAUGUUCAGGAACUGAAGGUGCAACAACAAGAAUCAACAUUCACAAGAGAAACUUACGAGAAAGAGAUUGUGGAACUUCUUAAAGAUAACACAGAUCAGAAAAUGGAAAUUGAGAUCCUUCAUGAAGCAAACGGAACUCUAGAGAGUGAAGUGGGUGUCUUAUGUGAAGCAAUUGAAGAAUACAAAAUUCGAGAAGACUUUAUGAGUUCAGAGCUGCAAGAAAGAAGCAAUGAGUUUGAACUCUGGGAGGCUGAGGCUACUACUUUCUACUUCGAUCUUCAUAAUUCUGCUGUCCGUGAAGUUUUUCUUGAAGAUAAGGUUCAUGAGCUUACAGAAGUUUGUGAGAGAAUUAAAGAUGAAGAUGCUGCAAAAUCUGUGGGGAUCGAACAGAUGAAAGAAAGAGUUGGCAUCUUGGAAAGUGAAGUUGGAGGUUUGACGUCUCAGUUGUCUGCAUAUGCUCCUGCUAUAGCCUCUUUGAGAGAGAAUGUAAUUUCUCUUCAGCAUAAUGCCCUUCUUAGAAACAAGCUCUUUGUGGAAGACAACCAGCAACACAAGGAUGAUGACCUGCCAAAGAAUCUAUAUCAGAGGAGCUCUCAAGGUUACAAAGAAGACCAAAGCACUUUGUUGCCACAUGGAAUUUCUGAAUUGGAAGAAAUGCAGACUAUGAUCAAAGAAGUCGAAAAGGCAGUUAUUGAAGAAACAAAAAGGCUUUCAAUUGAAUUAAUUGAAAAGGAAAUGGUGGAAGAAAUUGAAAGGCUUACAACAAAGGAAAGGGCAGAGGCUUUGGUGCAGACUGAAGAAGUAAAAUCAAAAGGUAACUUGCAUCAAGAAAAUGGUAGUAAAGGAGAAGAGGCGGAACAUGUGAUUGAGUACACUGAUGAUACUCUGAAGAGGAGUAAACCUGAAAAAAGGCUUUUGACGAAAGACAUUCCGCUUGAUCAUGUUUCAAAUUCUUCAUUCUAUGGAAGAAGCAGAAGAAAGAGUGGCAGGGCUGAUGAUCAGAUGCUCGAGUUAUGGGAAGCAGCUGAGCAGCAUUGCGUCCAGGAUCCAGGGGCCAAUAUCUGGAAAAACCAGGCAUCUCCACCAACUGAAGAUGUUACUCCCUACCCUCGGUUGGCAAACUCAAGGAGGACAAGUCGAAAGUCUUCUUCCGAAGUUCAGGUUGAGAAGGACUUGGGCAUUGACAAGCUGGAAGUGUCCUACAAUAUUCGACAACCAAGUCGCGAUGGCAAGAAGGAAAAGAUCUUGGAGAGGCUUGCUUCUGAUGAUCAGAAACUGAUGAGUCUACAAACGUCUGUGCAAGACUUGCAUAAGAAGGUGGAGACCAACAAGAAGGGUAAGAAGAUCAACAGCUCUGAAUAUGAGACAGUGAAAAGACAGUUGCACGAAGUUGAGGACGCAGUUGUGCAGCUGGUGGAUGUUAAUGAUCAGUUGAAAAAGGAUGUUGAAGAGUUUCCAUCUUUGGACGAGCAGACAUCCAUAGAGUUGGAGGAGGCAGGAAAUGUACGCAGAGAGAAAGUAACCGAACAAGCAUGGAAAGGAUCUGAGAAGAUUGGAAGGCUGCAGUUUGAGCUGCAGAACAUCCAAUAUGUUUUGGUGAAAUGGGAGGGUGAAAAGAAACGGAAAGGGAGGCAUGGAUUUUAUGUGAGUAGAACAGGUCUUCUCCUGAGGGAUUUUAUUUACAGUGGCAGAAGUAGUAGUGAAAGGCGCAAGAAAGGUUGUUUAUGUGGUUGCAUGAGACCAUCAGCAAAUGUUGAAUAAGGUAGCCCUCUUGGAGGAAAAGCCUUCCUUUUAUUUUCUGUAAGUUAGUGAAAAAUAUUGAACUGUAUUAGCAUCUGGAUGCUCAUGCUCUGUAAGAGUAAGGUUUUCCCUAACCAUAAUAAUCUGCAGCUUCGU